GCGAUGCGCGGGCGGGUGGCGGAGGGCGCGCAUGGCCAGGAUCGGCGUUUCCUGCCCGUCGUGGCGCUCCGCGGGAGCCUGCCCGUGCCCGGGGCCGUGGCAGCGCACGGCCGCGCUGGGGCUGGUCCUGGCCCUGGGUCUGCUGCUGCUGCUGGCGGCCGCCUUCCCCCGCCGCUGGGCCUCCACGCACCGUGCAGGCCGGCGCGACGAGAGGUACCUGGCGCGGGUGGAGGAUCUGACGGCCACCGAUACCGAGGACCCGGCCCUUAGUUAUGGGGUGGUGGUCGACUGUGGGAGUAGCGGGUCUCGCGUCUUCGUCUAUUUCUGGCCCCCGCACAACGGGAACCCCCACGACCUGCUGGACAUCAAGCAGAUGAGGGACCGGAGCAGCCGCCCUGUCGUCAAGAAAAUUAAACCAGGCAUCUCGGUGACGGCGGCAGCCCCGGAGCAAGCUACGCCCUACCUGCGCCCUCUGCUGCAGUUCGCGGCAGCCCACGUCCCCGCUCAGAAGCACACGGAGACGCCGCUGUACGUUCUGUGCACGGCGGGCAUGCGGCUGCUGCCCGAGAGGCAGCAAGCUGCAAUCCUAGAGGACUUGGUGAGAAACGUGCCUCUGGAGUUUGAUUUCCUCUUCUCCAAAUCACAUGCAGAAGUGAUCUCGGGGAAACAGGAAGGUGUCUAUGCUUGGAUUGGCAUCAACUUUGUUCUGGGUCGGUUUGAUCAUGAGGAUGAGGAAGAUGUGAUGGUCACCAUAGCAAUGGGGGAUCAGGGAGAGUCCCUGGUUCGGAAACGAACGGUUGGGAUCCUGGACAUGGGGGGUGCCUCCCUGCAGAUUGCCUAUGAGGUGCCUGACUCCGGAGCCUUCUCCUCUCCACAGCAGGAGGAGGCUGCUAAGAGCUUGCUGGCAGAGUUCAACCUGGGCUGUGACGUGCAGCACACUGGCCACGUGUACCGUGUCUACGUCAACACCUUCCUGGGGUUCGGGGGCAAUUUUGCCCGGCAACGCUACGAGGAGCUUGUGCUGAACCAAACCUAUGUGCAGAACCGCCUGCACAGCCAGCAGAUGGGGCUGAACCCUGAGACACCCUUCCUGGACCCCUGCCUACCUGUGGGGCUGGAAGACACGGUGACCAGGGGCAGCCAAACCUUGUAUGUGCGGGGGCGAGGGGACUGGACAGCCUGUGCAGAGCAGCUGCAGCCCCUCCUGGCCGGGUCCAACAGCAGCCAGGCCUCCCUGCUGGGAGCCUACAAAGCCCCCAUUGACUUUGGCAACAGUGAGUUUUACGGCUUCUCCGAAUUCUUCUACUGCACUGAGGAUGUUCUGCGCCUGGGGGGCCGAUACAGUGCCCCCACCUUCACAUCUGCUGCCCAGGAGUACUGCAGCCAGCGAUGGGAGGUGCUGAUCCAGCGCUUCCGUGGUGGCCUCUACUCGUCACAUGCUGACCAGCACCGGCUAAAGUACCAGUGCUUCAAAUCAGCCUGGAUGUACCAAGUCCUUCACCAGGGCUUCAACUUUCCCCUGGACUACCCCAGCCUGCGCACAGCCCAGCUGGUGUAUGACCGGGAGGUGCAGUGGACACUGGGAGCCAUCCUCUACAAGACACGGUUUCUGCCACUCAGGGAUCUCCGGCAGGAGAGCAUCCGGCAAACACAUUCCUCCUGGCUCCGUCUCUCUUUUGUCUACAACCAUUAUCUCUUCUUUGCCUGCAUCCUGGUCGUAGUGUUGGCCAUAGUCCUCUACCUUCUGCGGCUGCGCCGCAUCCACCGCCGGCAGCUGCGCUCGGCCCAGCUCACCAUGCUCUGGUUGGACAAGGUGGUGGUGCCGCCAGGACAGGGAAAUGGGCCAUGACCCUGGUACCCACUGUCCAGUUCCACCAGCAGAACUAGGACUGCCUGACAGCCUGGCCUCUAAGGGCUUGAACUCUCUUGAACACCAUCUUAGCCAAGCUCCAUCAUCUCCACCUCAGAACCAGAACUUGUGAGCUGAGGCAGCUACAGACACCAGAGCUUUCCUCUCCACCUCACCUCAGUCCUGAUCUUUGUGUUCUUUGGCCUCUGUUCUUUGCCCUGCUGUGCAGCGUGGAGCAAAAUCCUCUGCUGCCAGCAGGCUCAAGGCAGCAUCUGAGCAGGUUCCUCAGAUACACAGGACUUUAUCAGCAAGUCAGUCAACCCAAGCCAGGGGUCUGAAGCACUGGGUCACCCUAUGACUCGGUCACUGUUUUGCAAAGCAAGCUGGUGAUGUGCUGGAGCUCAACAGCUGGGAUGGCCUUUCCCCAGUCCUUUACAAAUCCAUGUGCUGAACAGCAAUCACCAGCAAAGUUAACUGCAGGAACCAGGUGAACUGGAAGCUCCACUGAGCUGCUCUGUCUAGCCCAGCUCCUCUUGGAGCACUUGUGAAGAGGUGUCCCGCUCUUUGCCAUGUCUUCCUCUCCCAGGACAGUCCUCCUCCAGUCCUAGCCCACAGGCUGAACACUGAGGACUCAGGAACUCAUUCUUCAGGCACCACCCAAAUGGGCUGCAUUCCCUUUCUUAAAUCCCCUCUUGGGCAUGUCUGCCCCGUGGUGUCCCACAUGUUAACGGGGCACUAGCAACAGGACCAGUGGUUGUCUCCCAUGAGUGCAGGCUGGGCCUGCCCUUGGGGAAACCACCUUACAACAGCCCAGCUCCCUUCCCCCAGGUGGGUUCGGGCUGUGGCUCUGCACAGGCACCAGCUUUCCUCCCCUGGGGUUGUGACCCCUGAUGACCUAAUGAAGUUCAUAACUUUGUACUUGAACUCAGCUGUUCCCAUUCCUGUAGCAAUAAACAAACCCC